AUGAAGAAUAUAGUGCUGGAGACCUACAGUGGAAAGGCUGAUCCCAAGGAGCACCUGCUGUAUUUCAACACAAAGAUGGUGAUCAGCGCCGCUUUUGAUGCGGUCAAGUGCAGGAUGUUUCUAGCCACGUUCAAAGGCACAACAAUGGCGUGGUUCACGACUCUACCACGAAGGUCCAUCACGAACUUUCGUGACUUUUCAUCCAAAUUCCUUGUCCAGUUCUCGGCGAGCAAAACUAAGCAGGUGGCGAUUGAAGAUUUGUACAACGUGCGUCAAUUUGAGGGCGAGACUUUGAAACAGUACGUUGAGCGGUUCAGCGCUGCAUCAGUAAAGAUAGAGGAAUCCGAGCCAAAUGUCUGUGCCCGCGCCUUUAAAAACGGAUUACAGCCAGGGAAGCUGAAUAGUAAAUUGAGCCGAAAGCCAGCCAAGUCAAUGGCGGAGGUGCGAGCCCGGGCGAACACGUACAUACUUGACGAAGAGGAUAACGCUUUUAAGCGCAGACGCGCGAAGAUAGAAAAGGAUGGCGACCAGAGGGAUGUGUCACCAGAAGAUAAGCCGAGCAAGGAGAAAGUAGAGGGAAGCAUAAGACGGGACAGGAAUGUUCGAACAGGGGAAAAGGCACCGAGGGAAUCUUUGUAUCCCAAAAAGGAAAAUUUUGAGCGGCGCCGGCCCUGGCAUCAGGCUGACCCCCGCCGCCGAGAGGAGGCGGGGAAAUGCUUGAACGCCCACCUGACAGGGCUGUUCCGUGAAGUUAAGGCGACGCACGCAGUUGAAGAGGGCGAAAGAGAGACUGACCCGCCGCGGGCAACGACAGACAAGACCAAGUGGUGUGAAUAUCACCGCUCAGUGGGGCAUGAUACAGGGGAUUGCUUUACUCUGAAGAAUGAGAUCGAGAGGCUCAUCCGAGAGGGGCGGUCGGAACUGAAUGAACGCGGCAAUCGCUGGAACGGAGAGCGACAGUAG